UUUCGUUUCGAUAACCUCAUCGCAGAUACAUGAUUUUUCGAACGUACCUAGGUAUUACAUGAUAUACCUACUUACUUUUAUAUUCAAGUAUCACACAUCAGCAAAAAUUUCAUCCAGUGAUCAGUGAUCAUGAUGAGUUUCAAAUCAAGAGCCAUCUUAUGGCCAAUUUUAUUCAUUGCGUUAUAUUAUUCGAGCCAAUUCGCAGACGCGGAAAAAUUACCCGAUAUCGACUUGGAAGACACCGUCCAAUGUUUAAGAGAAUAUAUCGGUGACAAAGCCAUACCCAGAUCCUUCCGUGAGAGUAAAAAAGAACCCCUGAGUUACGGAGAAUAUCUCGGAAAUUUUUGCAAAGAGCAAGACAUCGAUAAACUUGAAAAACGGAUCUCAAAAGAUCAUACGAAACACGGAGGAGAAGUCGCAGAGUGUAUGAAUAAUAAGGAAUUGGGCUCGACUUAUAAAAAAUAUCACGACUAUGGCGAAAAAGCGAUAGAGAAAGCGAGAUUAGAUAGGCUAAAGGCACCGUAUAAGCAGUAUCUAGAUAAAGAUGUGUCAUCCGAUAAACCGCUCCUUUCAGACGCAAAGAAACGAGGUUAUGAUGUACUUGAGGAAGAUGACGAUGACGACGAAGACCUAGACAUGAAAAGACCUAAAACCAUUACAAAAUAUGACAGCAAAGAUGCAACAGCAGAGUCUCAGGCUUCUCAACAAUAUCCAUCUAAAGGUCAAGAGCAGUCUGUACUUGCUACUGAUCAAAGUAUGGAAGACGAUUUAGAUGAUGAGCCUGAAGAUGACGACCCCUUCGAUCCGAAAAAAUACUCAGAUCUUAGUAAAUUCGCAGUGGGAUUAUGUUUCAAUUUCAAAACAGUGCAAUUCGAUCAACUCGAAGUAGAAAGUGAAAAAACAAAAACGUUCGAAUGUCUGGCAACAUGCACAAGAACAUUCUUCGACAGAAUCGGUAGCAUUGUCAAGUCCGUAAAUCAAGAAAUAGUCGACACUCUGACUAAAAAGGCAUCAUUAUUGUCAAAAAAAGAAAGUGAAAACAAAACACCACCAGACCAAAGCACAACUGCGGAUAAAACAGAAUCAUCGAGUAAUAAAAGAACUUCAGAUGCCAAUGAAGAGCAAACUGACAAAACAUACCCAAUGAGCGACGCAUCGCUUGAAAAUUUUAAGAUUUCCUCCGAAGAAUAUAUCAAGAAAAUCCAAGAAUUCAAAAAGAAAACCACCAUUCCAAACACUACAUCAUUCCAUCAUGAACUUUUCCAAAAUAUAAAGAAAAAAAAAGAAACUGCAAGCAAAGAUGCUGUAAAAGAUGGCGGUGACGAUAAAAAUGAAAGAGAAAAGAAGAUGGAAACCUCAGAAAGGAUGGAAACCUCAGAAAAAAAAGAAACUGCAAGCGGAGAUAGUGAUAUCGGAGAUAGUGAUAUCGGAGAUAGUGAUAAAGAUGACAGCGACGAUGAAAAUGAAGAAGAAAAAAAGUACGACCCCUUCGAAAAUGUCGAAUCUAUCAACGAAACGGGAACAGAAUAUUUGAAACUUUACAGUCAUUUUUACUCCGUCGAAACCAAAUAUUUAGAACAAUUUGAUAUCGAAUCGGAUGAAGAUCUUGAUCAGCCAUCUCCUGAAGUCCAGAAAACUGAGAUCGAAGAUGCCAAACAGGAUGAAAACAAUGAUGGCGAUGAUGAUGAUGAUGAUGACGAUGAUGAUGAUGAUGAAGAGGAAUCAUUUAACAGUAAAUUGAGACAUUCCUACAUUUAUCAAAAAAGCUGCGCCAUAAGGCAAUGUUUCAUGGAACCUCCCAAAAGUGUUCCAAUGUUCAAAUUUAUACACGACGAAGCAAAAAAAGUACCAGACGUUUCUAUAGACAUCGAAUCACGACAACCGAAGGGAGAAGUUGAUCUAGAAAACAGAUUCUACAAAGUACUCACCGGAAAAUAUCCAAAUACUGGUGACGAGGAUGAUUUAUCACAAAGCCAGCAACAGGGCUAGAGUGGAAUUGCGACCGAAUAUCGACGCUGAUUCAGAUUUUCAAAGCUGAAAUCAUGAAUGAUUAUUUUAAUUGUUUUAGUUUUAAUUUCAAUGUUUUCAACCAGUUAUACAUAUAAGCCUAUAGAUUACCUACCUAGUUGGUAAUUUUUUUUUCUUUAAAAGUAUCAUUGCCUACAUUGUUUAAUUUAAUAAUAUCUAAGUUAUAGUUUAAAAUACAAACCAUCUAAUCUGC